AUGACGGUGCGAGCCCUGCUCGAUCAGGGCUCCGAAGCCACCUUUAUAUCAGAGCAUCUAGCUCAAUCUCUAUACGCAAAACGCCUCCGGAUGCCGAUCUCAAUUUCGGCCGUCGGCGGUACUCGCGUGGGUAAAGUACACCACGCUUCUUCAAUCAUAAUCUCGCCGCGAGACUCAGACAAUCCAUCGCUUUGUACCACCGCGUACAUUCUCAAUUCGUUAACAGCUUACGCGUCGCGCCGCGUAACAAUAUCUUCGCACUUCGCGCAUCUUUCUAAUUUAUCGUGGGCGGACGCUGAUCCGAGCAGCUCCGAUCCCAUUGACAUUUUGAUCGGUGCAGAUAUUUAUUGUGACGUUAUUCAAGAGGGCGUCCGAAAGGGCAACGCGGGGCAACUUAUCGCUCAACAAACGAUAUUCGGGUGGGUUAUCUCCGGGCCGGUCGCGAUGAGCUCCGAUUUAUCACGCGCGUCGCGCGCUUCGACGGUCGAGCAAUCCUCCGCCAAUAUCACCGUUCUCCACUGCACCAAUCUUCAGCCGCUCUCCGAAGAGAUUCAACGUUUUUGGGAGGUGGAGGAAAUCCCUCCCCCUCAUCAACUCGCGCCUCUCGAUGAGCAAUGCGAGACUCACUUUUGUGACACUCAUUCGCGUCAGCCCGACGGUCGAUAUAUUGUCCGUUUGCCGUUUAAAAGAUCUCCAAUAAAUAUCGGGCGCUCGCGAUUGACCGCCGAACGCCUCUUCAAUUCGAUAUCUCGACGCCUCAAUGCAGACGCGACGUUAAGCAAUGAUUACAAUGACUUUAUGCGCGAAUAUAUUAUUCUCGAGCACAUGCGAAAGGCGCCACCAGCUGAUCGUACGAAUCAUCAAUGCGUAUAUAUUCCGCAUCAUCCGGUUAUUCGAAAAGACAGUGUCACGACUCGCUUACGCGUCGUAUUCAAUGCGUCGUGCGCGACGUCGAAUGGCACGUCAUUAAAUGACCACUUACUCACCGGGCCGAAAUUACAAAAAGAUCUACCCGCGAUCGUGCUUCUGUGGUGUCAUUUCAAGUUCGUAUAUACGGCCGAUAUUACUAAAAUGUAUCGCCAGAUUUUGAUAGAUCCGCGAGAUCUCGACUAUCAAAGAAUCUUAUGGAAGGGGGACCCGUCCGAGGGCCCCAUCGAUUAUCAACUGCUUACGGUCACGUAUGGAAUGAAUUGCGCUCCGUUUCUCGCUCUCCGCGUCAUAAAAUGUUUGACCGAUGACGACGGACAUAUGUUUCCGCGCGCGGUGCCGAUUCUUCGCCAUCAAACUUACGUAGAUGACGUAUUAUUUGGGGGUGACAAUAUCGAUUCCGUGCAGGAAUCUCGCGAGCAGCUCGUCGCCUUGCUGCGUCGAAGAAAAUUCGAGCUCCGAAAAUGGGCCAGCAACUCGCCGAAAUUACUAGCGGAUAUCGAUCCGUCAGAACGCGGCUUAUCACAUUCCAAACCCAUCGGGAUCGACGACAAAAUAAAGGUGCUCGGCAUCGCUUGGAAUCCGACGCGUGACGCAUUUCAAAUCAAAAUCUCGACAGAAGAUUUGAUCCCUCGAACCAAGCGCACCAUUCUCUCAACGGUCGCGAAAUUAUACGAUCCGUUAGGAUGGGUAACUCCGGUUAUUGUCGCUAGCAAGAUUUUCAUGCAACAGUUAUGGCGCGGUCGAAUCGGAUGGGAUGAGCAAAUUCCUGAUGAUCUUUUCCAUAAUUGGAGCAGGCUCUACACAAGGCUUUCGCAUCUCAACAACCUGCAUCUUUCUCGGUGGACCGGAAUAACCGCGGAAACAUCUCAAGUGGAAUUGCAUGACUUCGCCGACGCUUCCACACUCGCGUACGCUGGCGCGGUAUACCUCAAGGUCACAUCUGCUACCGGUCAAAUUACAAUAUCCCUGCUCGCGGGAAAAUCAAAAAUCGCGCCGAUCUCUUCCCUUACCGUUCCUCGCCUUGAGCUAUCAGCCGCGCUGCUUCUCACUCGUCUAACGAACUUCGUUCAACGCUCGCUCCCCAUCGAACCCGUGUCCGUCACGUGCUGGACGGAUUCGACUAUCGUCCUCGCGUGGAUACGCUCUCAUCCAUCUCGAUGGAAAGUUUUCGUUGCUAAUCGAGUACACGAAAUUCAGUCUGGUUUGCCGGACGCUGAAUGGCGUCACGUGCCUACUCUGGAAAACCCCGCGGACUGUGCGUCGCGAGGAUUAUGUGGCGAUGAACUGCUCGCUCAUUCUCUUUGGCAAGGGCCAUCCUGGCUUGCGAAGGCGAGAGGAGAAUGGCCCGAGGAGCCUCUGCCUAAGCCUGUCGAUUUCCAAGUCGAAGCGAAGAUUAUCGUUUCGCAUAUCUCGCAGUCGCGCGCUCCGUGGGAUCUUUCUUCGCGAUACGCGUCGUGGCCCACCUUGAUCCGCGUUACUGCAUAUAUUAUCAGAUUCGUCGAUGCGUGUCGUCGUCGUCGAGGCGAUAAUCAAUCUAUCAAGUUACUGGGGCGUGCCCUCUCCUCCGCCGAAUGUAGCUUAGCUAAAACGUUUUGGAUCAAGCGAAUCCAAUCGGAAUUGUUUUCAAACGAAAUCAAUAGACUAACUAAUCAUCAAAACGUCGCAUCUAAAAGUUCUAUCGCUGGCCUACGCCCAUUUCUCGAUCAGGACUGCGUUAUGCGUGUUGGGGGUCGCUUACGACUCGCCCCCAUUCCCUUUCGCAUGCGACAUCCGAUAUUACUUUCCUCGCACCCGUUAGUGCGUCUUAUUAUCUCGCAAGCGCAUCUACGCGUUUUGCACGGUGGAACGCAGCUCACUAUGAGCACUCUUCGUCAAGAUUAUUGGAUCAUUCGCGCGCGAAGCCUCGUGAGAUCCGUGAUUCAUGGAUGCCUGAUCUGCGCUCGAGAACGUGCCGCGGUGCCCACGCAACUCAUGGGCGAUCUCCCGUCUAUGCGCGUUUCUCCCUCGCCGCGCAGUUUUGCGCAAUGCGGCGUCGAUUACGCCGGGCCGAUUUAG